AUGCAAAAUUAAUUUUAAGUAUCAUCUCAAAGUGGAAAUGGAUAACUAAUAGCCUCAUUGAUUUAAUUAAGAAAUACAAAUGUUUUAGAUAGUUUCUCAACUUAGGCAGGAUGCUUUAAAAUUACAUUAGAAAAUGAAGGAUAGAUACUUGUAAGAAAUUCUUUAUUUAAAAAUAUCUACACUAAAAUUUCUGAAGAACAAUCAUUUGGUGGUUGCCUUUAUGUUAUUGAUAGAAGCAUUAAUAUCAAAAUAGAUAUAUUAGAUUCUAUAUAUAAUACAAUCAUUGGAACUGCUGAAGGAGGUGUUAUAUAUUUGAAACCAAUUGCCUAAUAAAUUAACAUUAAUUUUACUAAUGUUACAUUUUAUGAUGUUUAUUCAAAUGAUGGUAAUAUUGUUAAAUUUAAUUUCUUAAAUUAUGAUUAAUUACUUUAUAUGUAAAAUUGUAGAAUUUUAUAAACAAUAGAGGGAUAUUCGAAAUUUAGGUCUUUGUUUAGUUCAUUUUAAAAAUAUGAAACUACAAUGAUUUCUAUUUAGUUAGGAUAUUUAAUUUUAAGAGAUAUAUUCGUUCAAUUAUAUUUAAACAUCUUUUUAGAAUUGAAUUAUUAAAGCAAAAUUAGUUUGACUUCAAUUGAAAUAGAUUAUUCUUAUUAUUACUAGAAUUCAAUCAUUUUUAUUAGUUUUGCUGCAGGUAUUAUAAUAAUAUAAUAUAGAUUAACAAUGCAAAAUUGAAGUAACUGGUCUCAAAAUCAAAAACUUAAAAUUGUAUAAAGAUGAUCCUAAAUUGGAAACAAUCUAAAUUAAGUAAAUAAUUGAUGAUUAUGAAAAAUUAUCAUAAGAUUGUUAAAAUUAAUAAAUACUAACAUUUAAAAAUUAGACUUAUAAGUUUAUAAAUUUAUUAGAUACUAUAUCUGAACCAUAAAAUUAUAUUGAAAAUUUAGUUUAAAUAACAAAUGUAAAAAAUAAAGAUUCAAUAUCUAUUAAAUCAAGUUAAUUUUCAAAUAAUUAUUGCUUAUUUUGUUAAUAAGGACUUGUUUUUAUUAGAUUAAUUGAGUUAUAAUCAGACAAUAUAAUAUUAUCGAAUAUAUGGUUAAUGGAUAAUUAAUGUGGUGAAAAUGGAUGUUUAUGCUUUGUAUAAGAGUUUGAAAGCUAAGAAAAUAAGAAAUUGUCUUAGUUAACUUUAGACACUAUGUUUUGCUAUAGAAAUUAUGCAAAAAGAGGAGGAUGUAUAGUUAGCAAAUAGGUUGGUCUUAAAAUAUCAAAUAGUAUUUUAAGUGAAAAUCUAGCAGUUGAAUAAGGAGGAAGUAUUUAUUAUGAUGGAGAGAUUACAAAUCUUUUAUUUCAAAAUAAUCUUAUUGUGUCAAAUACAGCAUAAGAAGGAGGUGCAAUAUAUUUAGGAAAUCAAAGUUUACCUGAAUUAAAUAAAACAUUCAACUAUUUGAAUAAUAAUACUGCAUAUCGAUAUGGUAAUAUUAGUUCAUCACAUUCAACUUAACUUACAGUAAUAUAUAGAAAUUUGUAAUUUCAAACUUUACAUGCAUUUAAAAAUGGGAAGAUUUAUGCUUAAUUAACUAAUUAAUCCAAUUCUUCAGAUUUAUAUCUAUUAAAAUUACCAAGUGGUUAACAAAUUUAAACUUAUCAAUAUUUUAAUAUACAUAAAUAAGAAUAUGAACAUUUACACUUAAAAUUAAGAGUUUUAGCUUUAAAUGCCUAUAAUGAAUAACAAUUUCAUCUGAAUAAUAGUGAAUGUUUAAUUGAAAGUGGAUAUCAAUAAUAAGAUUAAUAAGAAAUAAUUUUUACAAAUAAUUAUACAAAUUAUAAUAGAAAAGUUUUUGAUUAAGAGACAUAAGAUUAUAAUUUUGAUGAUUUAAUUAUUUAUUAUGGAAAUGAGAUUGAUGAAUCUAAACUAAUUCUAUAAAUUAGUUGUAAUAGUGUUUAAAUUCCCAUUUAUGAAAAUGUAUUCCCUUAUUAGAUAGUAGAUUUAAAUUCAUAAUAUUAUUUAACAUUAUACAUUUAAACUUAUCAAUGUCAAUUAGGAGAAUAUAAAAAUUUAACAGAUAAUGCUUGUUAUUUAUGUGAUAUUCUUAAGAAAUAAUAUUCAGUAACUAUAAAUGCAACAGGUUGUUAAUUUAUGGAUGAAGAUACAAUAAUUUCAAUAACACCUGCUUAACUUUAAUUAAAAACUGGAUAUUGGAGACCAUUUAUAAAUAGUGAAAUAAUUGAACAUUGUUAAAAUAGAAUAGAGAACUGUUUAGGUGGAUGGAAAUAAGGAGAUGAGACUUGUGAAAUCGGAUAGUUAGGGGCUUGUUGUGAAGCUUGUGAUUAUUAUAAUAGUAGAGGACAUGGUUAGUAUAGUCUUAAGAAAUUGUAUUAAUGUUAAAAGUGUGAGGAUUUAGAUAAAUAAAUAAUUUAUAUCAUAUUAAUAACUAUUUGGUAUUGUUUAUUUAGAUAAUUUUAGGAGUUUGUUUUCAAUAUAUAUAUCAACAAAUGGAGUUGA